AUGAAAUAAAUAAUAAAUUCAGAAGGCGAUGAAGCUAUGUUAAAUACUGGAGAUUUAAUCUAAGGUCGAUUUCGUAUAGGGGAUCUUCUUGGUGAAGGUUCAUUUGGUUCUGUCUUUAGGAUUUAUGAUACUAAAAAUAACAAUGAAGUCUUGGCAAUAAAAGUGGAAUAAGAAUUGGAAGAGGAGGAAAGUAUGUUAGAAAGAGAAAUCAAAAUCAUGAUGGAAUUAAAGUAUAACACUUAAGCACUCUAUUCUGUUUAGAAAAAAGCCUGGGUUCCCAUAGAUAUUAUACUAUGGAUAAGAGAAUCAUUUUGUUUAUUACAUUAUGAAUAUGCUUGGACCUAAUCUUGAAAUUACUAGCAAGAAAUGUGGAGGGUCCUUCUCUAUUUUAACUAUGUUGAGAUUAGCAAUUCAGGUAUAUGAGUAUUGUACUGUUUAGUUUAGAUGCUUAGCCGAAUCGAAACAUUGCAUUCAAUGCGACUCAUUCAUAGAGAUAUUAAACCAGAUAAUUUUGUUUUAGGAUUUGGAUAAUAAUAAAAUAUAGUUCAUCUCAUAGAUUUUGGAUUGUCUAAGUUUUAUUUAAAUUCAAAAGGUGAACAUAUAAAAUAAGUACGUAAAAAAGGAUUAAUUGGAACAGCCAGAUAUGCUAGCAUUAAUGCUCAUAAUGAAUUUGAAUAGAGUCGUAGAGAUGAUCUAGAAAGCAUAGCUUAUAUCUUGGUUUAUUUAGCAACUGGAACACUACCUUGGAUGAAUUUAUAAAUUGAAUAGAAAGAUCUCAAAUAUGCUAAAAUAUUACAUUUAAAAAAAUUAACAGCUCCAGAAAUUGUAUGUAAAAAUCUACCAAUAUGUUUUACUAAAUUUCUAACUGCUGUUCGUAAAUUAGAUUUUAUUACAACUCCUGAUUAUAUUGCUUAUAAGAAAUUAUUUCAAAAUGAAUUAGAAGAACAUUAAGGUCAACCCUAUUAUGAUUGGGAAGUAGUAGGAGAUAAUUCAACAAAAAAGAAGAGCAACACAAUCCACAUUAUUCCAGUAUUAAUUAUUAUUUAAGUAAAAGGAAUAAUUGAAAUAGAAUAAUAAUCCAAAUAAUUUACAUAAUAAUAAUGGAAAUAGUAAUGGAUCAAAUAAAAAUACUAUCACUUAUGGUUAAGAUCAAAUUGUUGAAGGUGAUAUAGAUAAGAAAUUGAAUUUGUAAAUUUCAACUAAAGGUGUUGAUAAUAAAUAAUUUGAAAGGUUUGAAUAGAUUUUGCAAUAGAAUCAGAAAAAGUAUUAUAAAAUGAAUAGUUCUAAGAAGCAAAACUCUGGGAGGACUAAAAAACCUGUGAUUGUGAAUGUUCUUGAACCAGAUGUAUUUUAUGUUUAUAUUAUUUAGAAACAAAUCCAAUAACAAUAAUAUGAAUAAGUUUAUGAUGAAGUACAAUUAAUAGUUAAAUCAGCUAAAUUUUUGUAACCACCUUCAACUCCUAAUGUUGGUAAUUCCUCUUCAAUAAUAAAUCCAUAUUAUAUUCCAUCUCUUAAUACUUCAUAANAUACUAUGGAUAAGAGAAUCAUUUUGUUUAUUACAUUAUGAAUAUGCUUGGACCUAAUCUUGAAAUUACUAGCAAGAAAUGUGGAGGGUCCUUCUCUAUUUUAACUAUGUUGAGAUUAGCAAUUCAGGUAUAUGAGUAUUGUACUGUUUAGUUUAGAUGCUUAGCCGAAUCGAAACAUUGCAUUCAAUGCGACUCAUUCAUAGAGAUAUUAAACCAGAUAAUUUUGUUUUAGGAUUUGGAUAAUAAUAAAAUAUAGUUCAUCUCAUAGAUUUUGGAUUGUCUAAGUUUUAUUUAAAUUCAAAAGGUGAACAUAUAAAAUAAGUACGUAAAAAAGGAUUAAUUGGAACAGCCAGAUAUGCUAGCAUUAAUGCUCAUAAUGAAUUUGAAUAGAGUCGUAGAGAUGAUCUAGAAAGCAUAGCUUAUAUCUUGGUUUAUUUAGCAACUGGAACACUACCUUGGAUGAAUUUAUAAAUUGAAUAGAAAGAUCUCAAAUAUGCUAAAAUAUUACAUUUAAAAAAAUUAACAGCUCCAGAAAUUGUAUGUAAAAAUCUACCAAUAUGUUUUACUAAAUUUCUAACUGCUGUUCGUAAAUUAGAUUUUAUUACAACUCCUGAUUAUAUUGCUUAUAAGAAAUUAUUUCAAAAUGAAUUAGAAGAACAUUAAGGUCAACCCUAUUAUGAUUGGGAAGUAGUAGGAGAUAAUUCAACAAAAAAGAAGAGCAACACAAUCCACAUUAUUCCAGUAUUAAUUAUUAUUUAAGUAAAAGGAAUAAUUGAAAUAGAAUAAUAAUCCAAAUAAUUUACAUAAUAAUAAUGGAAAUAGUAAUGGAUCAAAUAAAAAUACUAUCACUUAUGGUUAAGAUCAAAUUGUUGAAGGUGAUAUAGAUAAGAAAUUGAAUUUGUAAAUUUCAACUAAAGGUGUUGAUAAUAAAUAAUUUGAAAGGUUUGAAUAGAUUUUGCAAUAGAAUCAGAAAAAGUAUUAUAAAAUGAAUAGUUCUAAGAAGCAAAACUCUGGGAGGACUAAAAAACCUGUGAUUGUGAAUGUUCUUGAACCAGAUGUAUUUUAUGUUUAUAUUAUUUAGAAACAAAUCCAAUAACAAUAAUAUGAAUAAGUUUAUGAUGAAGUACAAUUAAUAGUUAAAUCAGCUAAAUUUUUGUAACCACCUUCAACUCCUAAUGUUGGUAAUUCCUCUUCAAUAAUAAAUCCAUAUUAUAUUCCAUCUCUUAAUACUUCAUAAGUGAACAAUUAUGAUUGGAGUGAAAGCUAAGAAAUAAGUAAUGAAGGCACUCCCUUAUGGUGUAUGUAUGUAGAAAAAGAGAGACAAAAUGUGAUGACUGGAAUUUAAACCAAGAAGAAAAAUUCCAUUAAACAUAAUAGUUUUAGUGUUCUAUCAUAUCCGAUUCAAAACCAAGUAAAAGGAAGUGAAGAGGAAAUAUUUGAUAUUGAAUGA